UCUCAGCUUCUUCUUCUUCAUCUUCUUGUCAUCAUCUUCUUACUACCAAGCAAGGGGUUGAAGAUAUCAAUGGCCUCAGUCCUUGCAAGAAGGCUAGAAGGAAAGGUUGCGCUCAUCACCGGCGCCGCCAGCGGCAUCGGCGAGAAGGCAGCGAGGCUGUUUUCCCGGCAUGGAGCUAAGGUGGUGAUAGCGGACAUUCAAGAUGAUUUAGCGCAAAAAGUUUGCGACGAAUUGGACACCGCGUCGUCGGCCACCUUUGUCCGCUGCGACGUGACGAAGGAAUCCGACGUUGAAAACGCCGUCAACGCCGCCGUUUCAAAAUUCGGCAAGCUCGACAUCAUGUACAACAACGCCGGAAUCACGGGACUGAACCGACCCAGCAUCCUGGGCGACGAGAAAUCCAACUUCGAGCGCGUCGUCGGCGUAAACCUCGUCGGCGCGUUUCUGGGAACCAAACACGCCGCGCGCGUGAUGGUCCCGAACCGACGCGGCAGCAUAAUUACCACAGCGAGCGUGUGCGCCGUGACCGGCGGCGUGGCGUCGCACGCGUACACGAGCUCGAAGCACGGCGUGCUGGGGCUUACGAGGAACACGGCGAUUGACCUGGGGCGGUACGGAGUUCGAGUCAACUGCGUGUCGCCGCACUUGGUGGCGACGACGCCGUUGGCGAAGGGUUUCUUUGACAUGACGGAUGAGGAUGAAAUGGGGAAGGCUUAUUCCGCGUUCAAAGUGGAGGAGCUGACGGCGGAGGAUGUGGCGGCGGCGGCUCUUUUCUUGGCGAGUGAUGAAUCGAGGUAUUUGAAUGGGGAAAACAUUGUUGUUGAUGAGGGAUUUACGAUUGUCAAUCCAAAUUUAUGUAUUUACAAAUAAAUAGACACUUUGAUGUGGUGUCUAUUCGUUUUAUUUCUGGAUUAAUGAAUAAGUUGGCUAUGCUUUUAUUAGGGCUGUCUGUUCUCAAA